GACAAAGGGAGCGAAAGGCGGUGACUUCAUGGGCGGGGACCCGUCGGAGCUGGAGUGGGCCAUCCAGACGUUGGUGAAGAACUAUGACAAAUACGCUGGGAAACGUGGUUGCUGCUGCUGCAAGAGACGGCGAGGCAUCAGCAAGAAAGGUUUCCGGAAGAUGCUGAGCCAUGAGCUCAACCACAUGCUCACGGACACGAAGAACAAGCACGCCGCCGACAAACUGAUCUGCGACCUGGACGAAAACCAAGAUGGCAGGAUCAGCUUCAACGAGUACUGGAAUCUGAUCGGCGGCAUCGCCGGCCCAAUCUCAUGCCUGAUCCGGCAACAGGAGGAAAGUGUGAAGUUCACCAAGUAGAGAGCCUUCCAGGGAGCCCGGGAGGAUUCCAGAUCCGAGUUCAGCCACCCCCCGUUCUCUCUCUUCUCAAAACCAGCUCGCUUUUCGCCUUUAUUGGGCCAUCACUGUGGCUCGGCUGGGCUACACAUGACACCCACUCGCAGUGUGUUUGUGUGAAAUCCAAAUCCGUAAUGGGGGUCAGGAAACGGGAACCCACCUCCGGAAAUUCUUAGUCCCUCCGUCUGUUCUUUUGCAAGAGUUAUACCUUGGGAUAUGGUGUCUGGGACGAUGUAGACAUGGCUUCCCAAGCGUCAGUCCCCAGAUGUUCUUGGACUACAACUCCCAGAAAUCCUGGCCAGGACAGUAGUGGUGAAGGCUUCUGGGAGUUGUGGUCCAAGAACCUCUGGGGAACCGAGGUUGGGAACCACUGAAUCUGGGAAGUCUACCAAUGUACUAUCACCUGUCAAUUUAUGUACAGGACUGAAAUAAAGUCGGAGUCAGA